CAAAUCAGCAUAUUAUAAUGAUUUCUGAAGUAGCGUGAUCCUGAAGGCUGGAAUAAUGAUGCUGAAAAUUCAGCUUGGCAUCAGGAAUAAUUGACAUUUUUAAUUGUAUUACAAUAGAAAACAGUUAUUUAAAUUGUAAUAUCUCACAAUAUUGCUGUUUUUAUUGUAUAUAUAAUCAAAUUAAUGGUAAGCAUAAGGUUAAAAGAAGAAAGAUGACUGUAACAUACAUGCUACAUAUAUACCUUUUCAUUGGAUAAAUGACAGUAACAAUUAUAUUUAUGUAUCUAAUUAAACAAGAAAGAGGAGAAACAGUCGAACGGACCCCAAGAGAAAAGUAAAAGCAUCAUAAGAUGGAAAAUGUCCAAGGAAGACCCUCAAAGAAAGAGCAGGACAUCAUCACAGAUCCCCAUCCCAAGGAGAUGCAGCUUUACCCAGACGAAGAAGGAACCGAAAGGCCAAAAGUUACCAGACCGAGACGAGAAGCUCAUUAACUACCAGACCAUCCCAGAAAGACGCUUCUCCACUGAACGAGCUCGUGAAAUAAUCAAACACAUUGUUGAUGAAAGACUGGAGUCUGUCGAGUACAGCUGCUCAUGCUCAGACAUCUCCAAAGAGCUGUCCGACUGUAUUAGGAUGGCUAUAAAGAAGCUGUUGUAUGAUCGAUAUAAGCUGGUCUGUUACGUGGCCAUCGGGCAGCUGAAGGAUUCGGGUGUGAACUGCUCCAGUAGAGCCAUCUGGAGUCCCACUUCAGACACAUUCACUGAAUACAUCUAUAAAAACAGAUCUUUGUUUGCCGUUUGCAUUUUGUUUGCAGUCUAUAAAGAGUAACGUAACUGGUCAGCUGGAAUUAAAGUACAAUUUUAUGUAAGGUGACAUUAUGCACAUUAAAGUAGGUUGUUCAUUUAAAUACUCAAGAAUGUGUUAAACUUUUACAUAAAAAAAACUAUAUAAUAAAACAUGUUUUUUACGUGAAAAUGCUAUUUCAGUCUUUCUCUACUUCAUACUUUCAUGUUUAAAUCAAUGGUAUUUGCUAUUUCUUUGUAAUUAACUGUCAAAUUUACAAGCAACUUGAGUGAAAAUUGUUUGUACACCUUUUUAAAUUCAAUUUAUAACAUUAAAACAUUUGGACCCACUUUAUAUUAAGUGGCCUUAACUACUAUGUACUUACAUUUUAAUUAAUAAUUUAGUACAAUGUACUUAUUGUGUACAUACAUGUUUUUACAUUGUACUUAUAUUUUAAAAAAACGACAUGUAAUUACAUCUGUAUUUAAUUUCUGUAAUUACAUUUAUAAUUACACUGUUGACCCAUACUUUACACCUUAACCCACCCUUAAACUUACCCAUACCUCCAACCCUCUCCCUAACCUUACCCCUGUCCCACCUCAAUAGCAGCAAAAGUGUUUUACAAUACAAUAUGAACACAAUAAGUACAUUGUACUUAUUUUUUAUGUAAGUACAUAGUAGUUAAGGCCACCUAAUAUAAAGUGGGACCAAACAUUUUACUAAAGCAGCAGCCACGAUUUACAAAUAUAUAUCUAUUAGCAAUGUUUUGAAACAGUCCUAAGCCUCAUUGUUAAUCAGGUUAAUGUUGCUCUAUUCUUAAAUGCACGUCUGGUGUGGUAAAGUAGCUAUACAAAAGUAGACAGCUGCUC